AUGGGGCGGGGCGGAGGGGCCGCGGCGGCCCGGCAAGCAGGGGAGUCGGCCGCGGAGGUGCGGAGCCGGCUGGCGGUCCCGCGGGGAGGGAGGCGGCGUGACGGCUGCGGGGCGGAGCCGGACUUGACGCAGACGGCGGAGACAGCACCGAGAGGCGCGACUGCUGCUGAAGGGGAGGACGCGACGGCGCGUGAGGCGCGCCACGCGGCCGGUCAUGGGUGCGCCAGGAGAGCCGGCGGCGGAGGGCUCGGGCGUGGUGCAGGUGGCGGGGGCGCGGAGGCCCGGGGCGCUGCUGAGAGCGGGGCCGAACCGCGGAGCCGGCGCGUAGGAGACGGCAGCGGCAAGCCGGACGGCGCGGGACGUGGAGCCAGUGCAUAG